AUGGGGUCGUUUCAAAAGAACAGGCCUGUUGUGAAAGCUACCAAUGAGCAGCUUCCUCUAAGGAAAUACUUUCGAUCGGGUCUUCUACCAGUAAAUUUGGGUGACGACACCAAUCUUGAUCGUUUUCCAGGUUUGGUUAUAAUUCUCUGUUUCGCAGUGAACAUUCCGGUGUAUUUUGAAUUUACGGUGGAACGAUGUUUCGACACGGAACAUGGUAUCGAGGCCUCUUGCCCGGCUCCGACCGUCUUCAGACACUCGUUCGCUCACUACAAAGCUAUUCUAAUGACGCUAACGCAGACAAUCGGACCAGUAGUUACAAUACUGGUGCUCAGUUUACUAACAGAAUAUCGCCUUCAUAGGAGCCUGAAGAGGCGACGGAAACUUUUUGAAAGUCAACAACGUAGUCGAUCGAUGAUGCUUAUAGAGGAAUCCAAAGAAAAGGUGUCCCGCACAGUUGCCAUAUUCAUCGCUGUGAAAUUUCUAAUCUUUAGAUCAAUGCCGGUGUUUUUCGAUGUGUACGAAAAUCUGUACGGGAUCGAAUCAUUUGGAGUCGUACUCUCAAUUCUCGUUAGAAUUUCGGACUGUAUGAUUGUCCUGAACUCGGCCACCAAUUCUCUGGCAUAUUUCGGCAAGAAGAGGUAG